AUGGACAGCUCCCCAUUGGCAUCCAGCGCAAGUAGUAACACGACCGUUGAUCGCUACAACCCAAUCUAUGAAAAUAUCUGUAUGGUGUAUAGUCGCAAUGACCAUACCAUCUUGAGCGAACGCAAAUUCUUUCCCUUGUUUGACAUUGACUUGUUUGCGAAAAAGGUUCAUUUGGAGCACAAUGGCAUCCAUCAGCUGGUUGUAGGUGAGUAUUUUGUGUGGGAAAAACAGCAGGGACAGACUUGGAAUGGCGUCGUUACUGUGCAAUUCAACAUAACCGAGUUUGAGCUUUGGUUCAUUGAGUUGGUUUUAACCCUGUCGAAACUUAACUAUGAAUACGUUCGCGGUGGUGACAAAGUCACUACUACCCAAAAGAUCACGGAAUUGUUUGAAAAAAUGUUAAAGUAUAAUGUUGAAAAUGACAAAUGGGACGCUAUCGGCAAACUAAAAUUUAGCAAAAGUGUGGAAUUUUUCACAUCCCACGGGCAACCAGUGGAGGCGGUAUUGCCUGCUUUUCCCUGCAAAUCAUCAAACCAGGAGAAAGUUUAUGGAACCAUGCCCGAUAAAGGUGAAGAGCUAGCCCUUCAACGCUUGAUCAAGUUUGCUCGCGAGGUGAAGAAGAUAUACCCUCCUGGAUUCAUCAUGUGGAUUGUCAGCGACGGGCACGUGUUUAGCGAUUGCAUCGCCGUUGAUGAUUCUGUAGUUAACGAGUACUCGGCCGCGUUGAAGAAAUUGUACAGGAGCAUCUGUGACGAUGACGAUUGUAUCAGGUUCCGCUCGUUGCCCGAGAUUUUCAAAUUGACGCGCUCCUUCAAUUGCUCCAUGGUUGAUCAUGUUGAAUUGGGCCACUAUUUGGACACGGAGAUUGACCCCGAGUCGGAAAUUUGCCGCAAGAUCCUCAUGAACUCGUGCGACACUGAUAAUGGCAAGUUGUAUAUGGAGGUGCAUACACCGGGCCACCCAAGACUCUCGUUAUUUCGCGGGUUUUCCAAGUUUAUGGUUGAAGAUUUGCAAUUCCACCCCACUGUCCGGAAUAUCUCGAGAAAAAAGCUUAAAAAGAUUGCCUCGCAAGUUGCCUUUGAAAUGAUUAAACGAAAUGACGCCUACUCCAAUUUGGUUGAGUUGAUGUUUCCCUUCCAUUUGAGAUUUUCCAUUCAUGCACAUAACAACGCUGGUCCCAAAUUUGGAAUUUCGCUUCUAAGAGGACAAUGUCUGCCCAUUAACAGCAUCCAGGACCACAAAGAACCACAGCAUAUUGACUUGUUGCAUAUUCCAACCCCCUGGCAUAACUCUGUUGUCAAGAUUGAUGAUCAGUAUUUUGCAGUCAAGGCAAAGAAGAUUGUGGAGGAAGUAGAUAAGGGGAACGGAUUUGGACAUUGGGAUAACAUUAAUCUUCAUUAUAUUUACAUUGCCAAACAAUAA